AUGGCGGCGUUCCUCGACAUUGCGCCCGAGGCUGUGCGCCGGCUAGUCGACGGCAUUGCAGAGCUGUACCACUCCUCAAACGCCUACCACAACGUCCACCACGCGACCGAUGUGCUUCAGGCACUCUACGUGCUGCUGGCCGACCUGGGCGCGCUGCCCAAGCUCGUCGCGACGGGGCACAGCGAGUGGGAUGCGCGGCAUUCGCCUGUCGCGCCUCUCGAUGCCCUCGCCUUGCUCUUUGCAGCCAUCGGACACGACGCAGGUCAUCCGGGUCUUUCAAACGCCUAUCUCGGCAACGCAGAGGCGCCUAUCGCCACUGCCUUUCGCUGCGCUGCGCCUCACCACGACGCAAGCGUCUCAAGUGCCAGCUCUCCGGCGGCGGCGUCGCCGGCAGCACGUGCGCCCGAAGGCAGUCCGUUGGAGAGUUACCACGUGCUGCUGCUCGAGGGCCUGCUGGAGCGCUGCGGCCUCAGUCAACUGACCUGGGCUGCCUCGGGCAGCCGUUCCGAGCUUGGCAGUCUCAUUCGAACGUGCGUGCUCGCCACCGACAUGGCCAUCCAUGCGCGCUUCGUCGAGGAGCUAGAAGCGUUCGAGCGGCGCCUCUACGGCGACGAUGGUGCGCCCUCCACGCCUGCUGAGCGCGCUGCCCUCAUUCGAGCACGGCCGCGAGAGGAACGCACGCUGCUCUGCUCGGCGCUACUCAAGUGCGCAGACGUCAGCAACCCAGUGCGAGUGCGCAGCAUUGGUCGGAGAUGGAGCUUGGCUUUGCGGAGAGAGUGGGAGCGACAGAGUGCGCUCGAGGCAGAGUGCGGAUUGCCUGCGACGGUGGGAGGUGGCGCAGUUGCCUGCAAGCACAAGCAUGGGCCCCACAAGACUCACGCUGGUACGGCGCCCUUGCCAAACGCCACGACGGGCGACGAAGAGGGCUUGCGCAGAACCAGCGCUGCGCAGAUGGUCGCGCAGAUCGGCGGCGGUGGAGGCGCGGCAGCAGACUCGGCGGAACUCAGCGUAGACGCUCUCGUCGCGGCUGGCGAACUGCACGAGGAACGAUCAUUAGCUCGAGGGCAAGUCGCUUUCGUACGUUUCUUCGUCACGCCAUUGCUCGAUACACUGGCGCGCAUCGUUCCCGGUGAGUGGCAUCACUGA